AUGAAGGCUUGCAAGGAGGCAACUCCGGAUUCGGGCGUGACUCCAGGCGAACCACUGUCCCCCUUCUCCUCUGUUCUCGUUGUUCUUUCCUCGGAAAAACGUCUCUACGCUCAGACGCCUUCCCCGACCGCGGCCGGUGCGGAGACACAUUCCCCGUGCGUUUCCUCCGGCCGCGCAUACCGCCCGUCUUCGCUCGAGUUUCUGGCCGAAGCGGGGAUCUCCGUCACGUCUCUGCUGUCGAUUCACUCCGUCCUGACCAGCAGUGGGCUCGGGUACCAGAUCGCGACUCCGGCGGGAGCGCAGCCUGCGAUUUGCAACGUCGACUCCGUUGCGGAUCUCGAGUCCGAUUCGCGCCUUCCACGGGAACUUCUGGCGAAACUGAAAUCGCCUGUCGCUCUCCGCGCCGUGAAACUCGAGAAUGUCGCCGGCCUGCUCUUGCCGCACCACCUCGGCGCCGCCAUCGACCUUUUCAACAGCUCGGCUCUCGGCAGCUUGCUCGCCGCGUUGUCGACGAACCAAGACAAAUUCGUUUGCAGCAUUGGCUACGGGGGCUUUGCUCUCGCUGCAAAGAGGCCCUCUGGACUGCGGGAAGAGGUCGGGAGUGGUCCAGCAGGCAGAAAGAAGACGAGAGCAGGGUCUUCGUUUCCAUUUGCGAACUACACUUUGACGGGGAUCAGUCCCUUCGACGAGUGUCGCUAUCCUUUUUUCGGACAUCUGCCGUGCAUGCUCCAGGAGUUGCUCGAGAGCCAGGGCGCGGCGUUUGCCUCCUUCGAGUGUACAGACACCCCGGGAAUGCUGGUGGACCGAAACCUGGUCUCCGGCGCGAAUGAGGCCAGCACGACACUCUGUGUGCAAACGUUUGCUCUGUUGCUGUGCUGUCGAAAAGCCAGCCUCCUGGCGAAGACGGCCGAAAGCGAGGCGCAGCGCCUCCGCGAACUCGGGGAAAGUGCGGACGCGGGAGCGCCUCGGAGUGUCUUAACCGAGCGAGAAAAACACGAGUCGGAAGACGCGAAACGGUGGGCGGCGGCGGGCAGUGCUGUUCAGCAACUUGCAGGUGCCGCGUCGCAGGCAGAACAGACAAAGCAGGCGUACAGAGCUCCGAUAGGCAGUGACCCUCCCAGAGCAGUGGCUAGCGCUGCAGAUACACCCGCAGCCAGAUUUGGGCGAGACGCGUCUCCGCAGACGCGUUUGUCCAACGUCGAGAGCGACGCGCGAGAGCAAGACAGGAACGAAGUUGGCGACUCGCCGCUUCCCGGACACUUCAGCGACGCCAACAGCCCCGCGUUCACACAUGCCAACGGUCUCGGAACUGGUCGUGUCAGGUGGACAGGGGAGGCGUCCAACCGGAGAGAGGCGGCCGACUCGCGGGCGGGCCUUGAGCGAGGUGCAUGUGGAGAGUGUGGUGAAGCGUGGGAGUUCAAGGGAUCUCAGGAGGCUGCGAGGGCCAAGCGGGAAGUCGCGGCGGAACGGGCUGACCCCUCAGAGAGUCAUGAGGCUGUGCCAGGAGAGCAUAGCCCCGGCGAAACGACGAGUUCACGCCAGGGUCGUCCGAACGACGGAGGCCGUCUUACACAUGCAUCGUCUUCAGGCGACAGCCGAGCCGGAAAUCUCGAUCUUGAGAUGAAGGAAGAUUCGAAGACGGGGAGUCGGCUGUCCCACGCCGUCACCUCGGGCGAAGACUGGGGGUCGUUUGACCUGCCUUCUGAGCGCCGUGCAGGACUCGACUCAAGUCCAGGGGAUUCCUCAGGGAGUGCUGGACUCGCCGACAGUCUCCGCGGAUCGCGCCUCGAGCUGCUUCCAAAUGCAGCAACACAGAGCGAGGCACACAGCCUCGGCUCGUCUAGGGACGACGCUCCACGUGGCGCGUCUCUCAACGCUUCCCAGAAGUGGGCGCAACCCGCAGCAGGAAAGGCCGUCCCUCAGGGCGUGGUCCCCGGAGGCUCUUUUCUCCUCGAUGCCCAGAGCUUUUCGCCUCUUCGCGACAGCGAACGUCGGUCGCCCAAAGCACGAGGGGAGGAGACUGAAGGCGCCUCACAAGUGAGCGACGGCGCGGCAAAGACGGAAAGCGACAGCCGGCUAGGCCACACCCCGGGCUUUUCAGGCGACGCUCUCUUCUCGUUGUCCACACGCGAGCGUUCGAGCAGUUUCGCCAAUCACGCGACGCCUGCCAAUGUCUUUGGCCCUCCACGCGACAUGGCGGAGGACGAGCGAACGCGGGGCGUAUGGGAAGGAGGCUCGGCGGUCGAGAGCGAAGACUUGUUUUCGUCUGCGUCGUCCAGUGCCGCGACGCGCACUGGACCGGGAGAGAAGACGCUGGAGGAGCUCACGGCGAAGAGCGCGGCGGCGGACCCCUUUGAAAACGGGGGAUUCGAGGAGCGCGUGGACCUGUUCCAAAUCCACGAUGCUCGCGGACCCGCAGCCUCGCGUGCUGCGUGGACUGGCCAGAGUGGAGAGCGCUCGUGGCAAGAAAGUGCAACGGGGCAGAUGCCGGCGAUCGAUCCCGUCGCGGAGGCGAGACGCUGGAGUCAGUGGUAG